AUGGUUUUCAAGUUUCUAGAUUUCAAUGGAAGACUCACCGAAGGUGUCAAGUAUGACCAACGAUUAAAUCGUCUGUAUUGGGUGGAUAUCAUUGCUGUAGAGAUUCACUUUGUGCACUUAUUGGAUUCUAGUCCCAUUGACGACUACUCCGAAGAGGAGUGUUACAGAAUUCAAUCUACUCAUCGAGUUUUCAACUUACAGGACUUUACAGAUUCAAUCGGAUUCAUAGGGCUGACAACUAAUCCUGGUAUUCUAAUCGUUGCUAUUAGCCAGGGUUAUGGGCUGUACGACUUAUCUUCAGAAACAUUAACAUUUAAGGCCGAUUAUCCUCAACACGAUCCGACAAUGAGAUCCAACGAUGGCAUGAUUGAUGGAAAUGGCAAUAUGUGGAUAGGCACAAUGUCUGAUUUUCAUCAACAAACGGUAGAGCCCAAAGGUAAGCUAUACAUGAUAGAUGGUUCAGCUAUCACAGCAAAGAUUGAGAAUGCGUAUAUCUCAAAUGGCUUGCGCUGGAAUAACGGAAAGUUGUACUGGAUAGACAGUCUGACGUUUAAGCUCUGGUGCUUCGAUUGUAACGAUUUAAAGACGCUGUCUAACCGGAGGCCAUUUAUCGACUUCAAGAAACUUCUUCCUGAAGUAGACUCACCAGAGCCAGAUGGAUUUACUAUUGCUGAAAACGGAGAUUUUUUUGUUUCGGUCUAUAAUUCACAGAAAGUGCUCCAUUUUGAUAGGAAUGGACAACUACUAGACGCGUACAGUUUUCCAGCGAAACGAAUAACUUGCUGCUGCAUUGGUGGUGUUAAUAUGGAUGAACUUUUCGUCACUAGCGCCAACCUUAAUAUUGAAAGUCCUCAGAAAUUUAAAUCAAAUUUCGGUGAUCAGGGUGGCGCCUUAUUUAGAGUGAAGUUAAACAUUAAAGGGAUUCCAGAGAACUACUAUAGCUUAAAUAUGACUGACGCUUCACCGAUUCACGGAUUCUAG